GAUUUCUGAUUGCAAUUAUUAAUUAUUUCGCACAAAAUUGAGAGAGAGAGAGAGAGAAUCUGGUUCGUCGUCGCAAAGAAACGCUACCGGAGAGGAAUGAAGAUCACGGCGUUGCUGGUUCUCAACUGCGCCACCGAGACGGCGGAUCCGGUGAUCCUUGCCAACGCCUCCGACGUCUCUCACUUUGGCUAUUUCCAGAGAAGCAGCCUCAAGGAGUUCAUCGUCUUUGUCGGCCGCACCGUCGCCAAACGCACCCCUCCCGGCCAACGCCAGUCCGUCCAACACGAAGAGUACAAGGUUCACGCUUUCAAUCGGAACGGCCUUUGCGCCUUGGGUUUCAUGGACGAUCAUUAUCCCGUUCGAAGUUCCUUCUCUCUUCUCAAUCAGGUUCUGGACGAGUACCAGAAGAAUUUUGGUGAGACAUGGAGGUCUGCAAAAGAAGACAGCACCCAACCAUGGCCAUAUUUAAAUGAAGCUCUAUCAAAAUUCCAGGACCCGGCGGAGGCUGAUAAGCUGAUGAAAAUCCAGAGGGAAUUGGAUGAGACCAAGAUUAUCCUUCACAAAACCAUUGACAGCGUGCUUGCCCGAGGUGAGAAGCUGGACAGCCUAGUGGAGAAGAGUUCAGAUUUGAGCAUGGCAUCCCAGAUGUUCUACAAGCAAGCGAAGAAAACUAAUUCAUGCUGUACUGUUCUCUGAGGGCGAUGUCGGAUUCUACAAAUUUGCAGGGGAAACUGCCUUGUGUCUAGUUUCGAUUCUGUUUGAGAUUCUAAGACCUGUGUGUCAUGAAAUACGUAUUGCUAUCACUCUACUUGCAUCUGUUUUGGUUACCAAACCCGAAAAUCCUUUAUGUAGAUCACAGUAUGUCUUUUUUUUCUAUCAUGCUUCAAGAAGUGGAAGAAGUUGGUAUUA